UUGACGGAGGGAUCCUCUGUGCAUGGACCGUCACACUGCGCUGCAAUCCUCUCUCUCUCUCCCUCCACCUCGCACACACACACAGACACACACACACGCGCCUACACACACGCAUAUAAUGGCUCGGUGAAAUCCGGGACGCACACGGCGGAGGAAAAAAAAACGCGCAUGUGAACAAUCGUGCGUUCUUGCAUGUCAGGAGAGGAGGAACUCGUCGCCGGGUCGUGUGUUUCUCCCCGCUUCUUCUUCUCCCCCCCCCCCCCUCAUGUCACUGUGAUCCACCGGAGGCAUGUGGAACCACCGCACCGGGACCAGGAGCCGCUUCCCGAUCACAGGGUGCCUGCUGCUGCUGACGCUAUGGACGGAGGUGUCCCAGUCAACCGGCUAUUUCGAGCUACAGCUGAUCUCCGUGCAGAACGUGAACGGGGAGCUGGCGGACGGGGAGUGCUGCGACGGCUCCCGGGGCUCCCAGGACCUGCGCUGCACCCGCGACGAGUGCGACACGUACUUCCGCGUGUGCCUGAAGGAGUACCAGAUGGAGGUCACCACCAGCGGCGCCUGCACCUUCGGAUCUGGAUCUACGCAAGUUCUCGGUGGAAAUAUGUUUUCUUUUAAGAGCGGCAGGAGCAACGCGAACAGAGGCGACGAGCCCGGCAGGAUUUUGAUCCCCUUCCAGUUCGCGUGGCCGCGGACGUACACGUUGAUUGUUGAGGCCUGGGACUGGGACAACGACACACGAAGCAGUGAUGAAGAGGAGCUGCUGAUCGAACGCAGUGCCCACACCGGCAUGGUGAACCCCGGUGACCCCUGGCAGACCAUCCCGCACGCCGGGGCCGUGGCUCUCCUCACGUACCGCAUCCGGGUGCGGUGUGACGACAACUACUACGGCAACAAGUGCAACAAGCUGUGUGUUCCUCGAGACGACUACUUCGGUCACUACCGCUGUGAGCCCUCAGGGGCCCGGGUGUGUCUGGAGGGCUGGAUGGGACCCGACUGCUGCACAGCAAUCUGCAAACAGGGAUGCCACCUGUUACAUGGCGGCUGCGCUGUGCCGGGGGAAUGCAGGUGUAACUACGGCUGGCAGGGCCAAUUCUGUGAUGAGUGUGUGCUGUAUCCGGGAUGCGUCCACGGGACCUGCAACCUGCCCUGGCAGUGCAACUGUGAGAGGAACUGGGGCGGCCUGCUGUGUGACAAAGAUCUGAACUACUGCGGUCGGCACCAUUGUGUCAACGGGGGAACCUGCAUGAACACCGAGCCGGACGAGUUCCACUGCGCCUGUCCACAGGGCUUCUCCGGCAAGACCUGUCAGAUAGCCGAACACGCCUGUGUCUCCGACCCCUGCGCCCACGGUGGCACGUGCCACGAGGUCGCCACGGGGUUCGAGUGCCAGUGUCUGCCGGGUUGGGAGGGUCCCACCUGCGCCAACAAUUUGGACGAGUGUGCGUCCAGCCCUUGCGCCCGAGGGGGAACCUGCAUCGAUAGGGAGGACGGCUUCGAGUGUGUGUGCCCGCCGCAGUGGGAGGGCAAGACCUGCCAGAUCGAUACGAAUGAGUGCUCAGCCAAUCCCUGCGCAAACGCUUACGCUUGCAAAAAUUUGAUUGGCGGAUAUCACUGCAACUGUUUUCGGGGAUGGUCUGGACAGAACUGUGACAUCAAUGUGAACGGCUGCCGCGGUCAGUGCCAGAAUGGAGCCACGUGCAAGGAGGCCGCGCGGGGUUACCACUGCCAGUGUCCUCCAGGCUUCUCGGGCACUCACUGUGAAAUCCAGAGGAAUAAAUGCGACAGCGCUCCGUGCCAGAACGGCGGCCAGUGCCACUCGGUGCUGGACGGCUUCGUGUGCGAAUGCCCGCCCGAGUUUGCAGGACAGCUGUGUGAGAUCCCCAGCUGGUCCCCCUCUGACGCCUGUGAUCCGAACCCUUGUGAGAACCAGGCUCAGUGUCACAGCAUCUAUCAGGACUACUACUGCGCCUGUCCCGAGGGCUACGAGGGGCAAACCUGCGAGCGGCUCAAAGAGACCUGCAAGACCGUCCCGUGUCAAGCGAUCGACAGCUGCACCGUCGCUGUAGCGUCCAACGACUCGGCCGGGGUGCGCCACAUCUCCUCCAACGUCUGCGGCCCGCGAGGUCGAUGCCUCAGCCAGCCGGGGGGGAACUUCACCUGCGUGUGCGACCCGGGCUUCAGCGGCAUGUACUGCCACGAGAACAUUAACGACUGCAUCGACAGCCCUUGUGGAAACGGAGGAACCUGCAUCGACGGGGUGAACUCCUUCCAGUGCUUCUGUCCCGACGGCUGGGAGGGGCGACUCUGCGACCACAACGUCAACGAGUGCGGACACAACCCCUGCAAGAACGGCGGCCGCUGCGUGGACCUGGUGAACGACUUCUACUGCGAGUGUGCCGACAACUGGAAGGGCAAGACCUGCCAUUCCCGCGAGAGCCAAUGCGACGCCACCACCUGCAGUAAUGGAGGCACCUGCUACGACCACGGAGAUGCCUUCCGCUGCGCCUGUCCACCCGGGUGGGGGGGCAACACCUGCAACACAGCCAAGAACAGCACAUGCGCCUCCAGCCCUUGUUCCAACGGGGGAACCUGCGUGGGGGGGGGAGACGCCUUCACCUGCAUCUGCAAGGACGGCUGGGAGGGAGCCACCUGCGGCCAGAAUACAAACGACUGCAACCCUCAUCCAUGCUACAAUGGCGCAAUCUGCGUGGACGGAGUGAACUGGUUCCGGUGCGAGUGCGCUCCUGGUUUCGCUGGUCCCGACUGCAGAAUCAACAUCAACGAGUGCCAGUCCUCACCCUGUGCCUAUGGAGCCACGUGCGUGGACGAGAUCAACGGCUUCCGAUGCAUCUGUCCCCUCGGCAGGACAGGAGCCAGAUGUCAAGAGUUCAUCGGCAUUGGGAAGACGUGUCACUACGCCGGGCUGCAGUUUCCUCAUGGCAGCUUCUGGGAGGAGGAGUGCAACAACUGUCACUGCAUCAACGGCCAAGUGGACUGUACCAAGGUGCUGUGUGGUCGUCGGCCCUGCCUGCUCCAGCCCUCGGGUCAGCAGCAGUCCUGCCCUGCUGGACGCGAGUGUUCAAAGCACAGCUACCUCACCUGCUUCUCCCCCCCCUGCCACCAGUGGGGGGUCUGCUCCAUCGCCGGACCCUCGCCCCCACAAGUCACCACCAAGUGCCAGCCCAACAGCGGGCACUUGGACAACAGCUGUGUCCGCAUAACACUUGUUCUCAACAGAGACAAAGCACCACCAGGAACAACUGUGGAGAACAUCUGCCACGAGCUGAGGUAUCUGUCGAGCCUCCGGAGUUUGGCGAAGGACCACGCGCUCCUCCUGCUCUGUGAUGUCUCUCCGUCCAACCAGGACGCUGUGAAGGUGGCGAUAUCUUUCCAGCCUGAAGAUCUACAGGACCUCAGUAUGAUCCAGAAGGUUGCCAGCGCCAUAGAAGGCACCUUGUCGAGGCGACACAACAGCAGCAUAAUGCUGGCUGUCACUGAGGUCAAAGUGGAAACGCAGGUCAUGCCCCCCUCAGUGGACUACCUGGUGCCUUUACUCUGUGUCGUCUUCUGCCUGCUCUGCCUCUUCUGCAUCAUCGUGUGCGUUUGGUGGACACGCAAGCGGAGAAAAGAACGUGAGAGGAACACGCGAUCAGCUUCAGACGACAACGUGAACAACCAGUGGGAGCCGCUCCGGAUAGUCGUGGGACGGGCUCAGCAGCAGGAGCUGAAGGAGAGCAACAGGGAGGCUGAGCAGGAGCGCAAAAAGCUCAUGGGUCCUUCCUAUCGGACGUGUGAUGAAGGGGAGGAGGAGGAGGAGACGGAGGGCGAGCUUGAGCUCGAGGAGGAGUGUGGUGGAGCGGAGGCAGGGAAGCAGCCAGUUUAUAAGUACUCUAAGACUGCAGUGCAGUCCAGUGGGGGAGUGGUCUGUACCCAGCACAGCUCCAGCUCCCCCCUCAAAGCGCCUCACCGGACCCCAGGCUACAGCCCCAAAGACAACCGCUGGAAAAGUGUCAGUGCCGUCCUGAGCGGUCAGAAAGGCCUCAGAGACCACUGUGUAUAAGACAUUCAGACCAAGGACUCGCAAUGUGCACGCGAGAGAAGCUGCUCGGCUGCAGCUCUGCUUAUUUUCAGACAACUUUUGGAAAGAAAAAGAGGCUUUGUGUUUUAAUAAGCCAUUCUUUGUUUCGAUCACUGUCCCCUGAAGCGAUUUUUUAAUUCAGGAGGCUAGUGCACAGUGAACAACCUUUUUUGCUUCUGUUCGCUUAAUAUUCUUUAAUUAUGUACAGAAGGAGCUGAAAUGUUAACGUUCUGUUUGCGUGAGACAAAAAGAAGCUCUCUGCAAUUUUUGUUUUACGGAUUUGUACCAUUUAAGAAAUGAUGAAUCAAGAAAAAAGGAGAAAAAAACAACUUGUAUAAAGUUUUUUUUGUUGUUUGUUUACAGAUUAUGAUUUAGUUGAGUUGUCAGCGGGCUCCUGUUCAGUGUCUGUGGGUUCAGACACACGUUAAAGGGACGGUGAAGGAAGAGCUUAGAGGGAAGUGUCCUGUUGACGUCACAGCAACAGAGGAGAACUUCCCAGUCUCUGUCCGGCUUCGCCCACUGGUCCACCCGUGGCCGUCAUGCGCCAGCCUUACCAAAACACUUGGCCUGGAGGGGAGAGGGGACAGAAACCCCAGUGCCUACUAUGUGGCCUUCCAUUGUUUUUUGUUUUAUUUUGCUCCUGUCUCUCAGUCGUCUCGGCUGAAAGCUCCGUUUGAGGAUUUUCUGCAGUAUUUGAGAUGGUAGCAAGUGCCUUUCUAAGAGCUGUGUCGAGGCUCGAGUCGCGCUGCCCAGUUUGACCUCCUCGUUCUCAAAUCUCAAAGGGAUAUAAGUGUACAUUUAGAGAGUUCAGUUUCACAGCAACGCCAUUCAACGUAUUUGAUCAAAACAGAAAUGAAUACUCUGUACAUAUGUGUAAAUACUAAAGGAGUCGCUGUGUAUAUUUGAAAUAUACACAGCGACUUAAAGACAAGUCACACACUUUUAUUAUUAUUAUUGUUAUUAUUAUUAUUAUAAUUAAUAUUAUUUUUAUUUUUUCUACAAUGCCAUUCCUUUUAUUUAUGCCAGUCAAAGAUAGGCAGGUUUUAUAACACUUCAUAUCCAGUCCCACAGUAGAGAACCUUUACGCUGAGGUACCACCGAUGAAGGAAUUUAUGAAGGGUUUAUAAAUGGUUUGUUAUUUUGGGACGCAUUUUAUAUUUUGUGACCCGUCAACAGUCUCUUUUACUGCUUUUUAGUUAAUGGAAUAAAUAAUUGAUGGUUCUUUGGAUUCCUAUUGACACUCAUUUCAUAGAAUAAAACGAUAUAAGGGAAAAACUACUGCUAUUUACCUUCUUUUCUUUCCUCUGAAAACAUUCACCCUUUGAUGCUCGAGUCAUUUUUUAACUUUAUAGGUUCCGUGGUUGUUCAGGAGCAGGGAACAACCUCAGUUCUGUUCCCUGCAAACACUUCCAACCAUUUCUAAACCCGUCACAAACCCUCCAGCUGCAGGUGCCUUAAUGUAACGCAUUGUUUGUGUAAUCAAUGGUCAUCUUUUUUAUGUUGUUGGUUUGUUUUCUUUAUUAAGGAAAAAGUCAUUCUUUAAAAAAGUUGUGUGGUGUUUUGUUGCGUGUUUCAAAUGCUCUCUCUUCACGAUCAUGAGAUCUCUGGAAUAAAACACUGAUGGAGGAUUUGAAAAGUUUCAAAUGAAACAGUCCACACUCGUGUCUCUUGAGCGACUCAGGUGUGGACGUCAGUUGGAGAAAUGUGGACAUCAUGCAUUUAGCCUCAUGUUUGGUUUAAAGGCGUCAAUGAAGGGAACGAUAUUUGCUGAUGGUUAAAUUUCAUUUUGCAAACAAUGCAAAUGUUGUUUCUUCUUUUUGUUUUAAGUUACCAUCUCAGUUCUAAAUCACAAGUUUUUACCCCUUUUCAUAUCACGUCUUUGUCUCGAAACGCCAUUGUUUGUUUUCUGUACAUGGGACACGGCGAAAUAAAGAAUUAAAGAUGCAUCACUA